AGAGCUGUCACUGCCCAUAUUUUAGACGAUAUAAAAUGACUGAUAGAGUACUGUACAAGAAUGGAGUUUGGGUAUGGGACCAAUACAACGAUGGAGUUAUGUUCACAGGGAAAGAUGCGAUCCAACAGGUUGCUUCAAAUUGCAGUCGAAGUUCAAAUAUAUCACGUUCUAUUUCUGGUCGGAAAAAUAUAGAUAUCGAAAUUCAAGUUAUGGAUACGUUAGACGGUUACGCUAAAGCAAAAUUUCGGAAACAUUAUCAGAGGAAAGUUAAAGUUGGCGAUGUCGCUGUUGCUACUAUACAAGACGUCAAAGAUGUUGCCAUAUUUACUUCAAAAGUGAGCGACUUGUCUUUGGAAUUUAUAUCAUACUUCCAUACAGCGGUCAUGGAUCGAUUUUUGAGAUCAAUGAUUGUUUACUUUCAAUAUUAUUUGCAGAUUUGGAACAGAAUGCAAAGAAGAAGAGCAGAAACUUCUCGACAACUCCGCCACCCUCGUGUAAUAGUUCUAGAAGAUGAAAUAAGGGACAAUUUAGCCGAUCUGCGUAGUAUGGUGUCCAGAGAUUACGCCGCUAUUUUGUUGGGCCUAGAAGAUGUGAAAAUGUUUCAUCACAUGAGCAACAAAAACAACGACUCCCUCUCGGACAAAGAUAGGAAAUUGUUCGAAAUAUUGUGUUUUAUGACGGUGAAAGUAGUAUGGAUAGCUCUGUUUCGAAAAAACCUUCCAUUAUUAGAAAGAGAAACUAAUAGAUUGUUGAGAACAUUAUGUUUCAGUCCUGUUGAAUCAUCGGGGGUACCUCUGCCCCAAGCAACUUCAGAAGAAGAGCGUCUCCUUACUGGCAAAGCUUUCAAAAAUGAGAAAAGAUUACUUCACAGAUCUCCAAUAAUACAGGAAAUUAUUUUCGAUAAUCACGAUUAUCGAAUGUUGGCAAUUGGUUUGAAAAAUAUAAAGGGAGCCGACGAACGAAUACGGUAUCUAGAGAUCGCUUACGCAGCUCCAGAAGAACUAUUGGUAGAAUCUGGAAUUGCUGUAGGGGUCUUGGGAGUGGACAGAAAAUAUCUAGACACGAUUUUGAAACCAAAAGAAAUUUCUACCACGGUAAAGAUAAGCAGUCUAAUGAAAAUCGGCGAAUUUAAUUUACCUCCAAGAAAAAUAGAUCCAAAAUGGAAAUAUUCCGAUACGUUGCCAGAAGAACCGUGUUUUUACCGGGAAACACAAGCGACCAGAGCAAAUAGAAGGGCCCAAUGUAAAAAAUGGAGGAGCUACGUGGAUGCGGAAGGCAUAUUUUUCGACGAUAGUUCGGAUGUGAGCUCGAUUUUAAAUUUAAGGACAUCUAUUGUAGCGAAAGAAAAAGUGUCUAAUACGCAAAAUGCAAACAUAAAUUAAACGUU